AUGGUCAAUGAUGAAGAGUCUCGACAUGCUCGGGCGUCCGAGGAGACGCCAUUGCUCGCGGAAACCAGCAUUGGAGAAAUAACAGCAUCAGCUGUACAGAAUGGCUACGAAAGUGACGAUGACGUUGCGCCCACUCAUAUCUCAAGAAAGCGUGCGGUGGCGGUUGCGCUCGCAAUAAUGUGUCUGUUAUUUAUUCAAGCUACCAAUAUUACAUCAAUCUCCACAACGCAAUCGGACAUAGCUGCAGACCUAGACGCUUUCUCCAACACGACGUGGCUGACAUCAUCAUUCAUGAUCUCCUUCGCCAGUCUCACGCCCGUAGGGGGCCGUCUGUCGCAGAUAUUCCCCCUUCGCUCCCUAUUAGCAUUAUCGAGCCUUCUCAUGUCGAUCGGUUUGUUGAUCACUGCCGCUGCUAAGACAUUUCCUGUUUUCAUCGUUGGACGCGUCGUUGCUGGGUUGGGAGGUGCUCUGAUCUACUCAACACAAACAAUUAUUGUUCUGGAACUGUCUUCAAAGAAACGGCGAGGACUACUCGUAGGAUGUGUAUAUACCACCGUCACAGUGGGUAUUGCGGCUGGAGCAAUCAUAGCUGGUGCCAUAACCCCGAAAUUUGGAUGGCGCUCGUUAUAUGUUAUACAAUCUCCAACAAGUCUUAUCCUCGCUCCAAUUCUAUACUUUUCAAUUCCACCAACUGGCCGGGACCAGGAAUCCAAGCCAGAAUCUUUCAAAAAUAAACUUUCGCGAAUUGACUACCUGGGAAUUCUAACAAUGACUGCAGCAAAUGUCCUGUUGCUCUAUUCACUUUCUAGUCCCCGCAUCUCCUAUGCAUACGUUGCCAUGUCUCUAGCUCUAUUUGUCGUCUUCCUAGUAGUCGAGUCAACGCCGGCGAUCGCUGCCGAACCUAUCGUUCCUAUAUCGGUACUCAGUUCUCGCGGCGUCCUUUUAUCCGGCAUAUCGUCAACCGGUAUUAUGAUGGCGCGAUGGGCCAUUUUGUUCUAUCUUCCUGUAUACGGCAUUGCUGUCCGCGGUUGGAGUCCUGCGGAAGGAGGAGUCAUUAUGAUUCCGACGAAUGCUGGUUUUGCUCUGGGUGGCCUCUUGGUGGGUUGGAUACACAUUCGAAAGGCUACAAGCUACUAUAUAUCAUCAUUGGUGAUCUCAAUCCUCUUCAUGCUUAGCGGCUUGUCUGUCGCUAUUCUUUCUACUCCAAACUCAUCAGUCAUUCUCUAUGCGAUGAGUAUUUUCGCAAAUGGAUUUACAUGUGGAGCAUUUCUGAACUACACAGUAUCGCAUGUACUCCACCUCACCACACCAUCAUCACAUUAUAUCGUCACGAGUCUCAUAUCAACAUUUCGAUCUACCGCGGGCAGCUUUGGGUCUGCGAUUGGUGGUGGUAUUUUCACGCGGGUAUUGAAAAGCCGUCUCGAAGAAGGGUUCUCUGAUAGCAGCUAUGAUGACGGCGUUAUCCCUGACGACAGACAGGAAUUGAUUAGGAGGCUCCUAGGCAGUCCUGCUCUGGUGUGGCAGCUCAAGGGGUAUGAAAGAGAAUCUGCCAUUUCGGCAUACCAGGAUGCGCUCAGAACAAUGUUCUUGACAGGCGCUGCGUUGGCCUUGUUGAUGACAUUUGUCCAGGCUGGUACUGGAUCUAAUCCGCCAAUUGAAAUUGAUGAGACGGACGUUAGUGCUCAGGGACAUGAGCAUGAAGACUGAACGAAAUACAGAUGCGCGUACAUAACCGUAUUAUAACCGUAUUAUACCAUAUACGUCUACAGAUCUUGCAUAUAGAAUCACGAAAGGG